AUGGUGGAUGAUAUUCUCCGUCAGCAGGAAGUACUCUUGGAGAAGAUGGUGCAAGAGAUUGAUUAUGUCCUACCACCUGAAGAAAGCGGAAAAUUGGCAAAGGCAAAAAUGCAGGUCAAAGACUACCGCGAAAGAGUGCAGAAAGUCGACAGAGACGCCGAGCGAGUUGACAAAACGAUUCAAGAUCAACUGAACCUCAAACGAACAUAUGCCAGCAGUUAA